AUGGAGCCAUGGGUGUAUCUAGACCAGCGUCAGAAGGCUCUGUAUCGAGAUGUUAUGCAAGAAAGCUAUGAGACCCUAAUGUCUCUUGCUAAUCAAUUGCUAAACAACAGUAACCAUGAUGAGGAGGAGGAAGAGGAGGAGGAGGACGAAGAAGAAGCUGAAGGCGUGGAGGAACUGCGGCCAGGUACCUCUCAAAGUGCGCCCAGGAAGGUCAAGCCCUUGGCGAGACGGGAAACUCCGAAGCAGCCAAAGAUCAUUCCAGUGGUGAAGAAGGACAAAGCAACCCAGCGUGGACACGCCUUGAAAAAAAGCCUCGAGAGACGCUGCUCAGAUUGCACGAGGACCCUUCAUUCUGCCGGCAGAGGCCGCCAGCGGAGCGAAGCCAACGCCGCUCGGGAGAAGCCCUUCCAGUGUACCGACUGUGGGAAGUGCUUUAUAUGGAGCUCCCACCUAGAGCGCCAUCGGAGGAUGCACACGGGAGAGAAGCCCUUCAAAUGCCUCAACUGUGGGGAAGCCUACAGCCAGAACUUCCACCUCUUGCAGCACAGCUGCGCCCAGCUGAUCGAAAAGCCCUUCAAGUGUCCCGAGUGCGGGAAACGCUUUGCCCAGAGCUCAGCCCUGGAGAACCACCAGAAGGGCCACACCGCAGAGAAGCCCCAUAAGUGCUUGGACUGUGGGAAAUGCUUCAUCUGGGCUUCCCAUCUGGAGAGGCACCGCCGGGUCCACACCGGGGAGAGGCCUUUCAAGUGCCCUGAAUGUGGGGAGUCGUACAGCCAGAGUGCCCAUUUGGCCAAGCACCGGCGUAACCACAUGGGCGAGCGCCCUUACAACUGCCCUGCCUGCUGGAGAAGCUUUGCUCAGAUCUCUGAGCUGGAGGAACACAAGAAGACCCAUCUGGGCUGUGAGGACUGUGGCAAGGUCUACCGCAGUCGGCAGACGCUGAUGCGGCACCAGCGGGGACACCACCGUGAGCGCACCCAUCUCUGCGAAGAAUGCGGGAAAGGGUUUGUGUGGGCCUCCCAUCUUGAGCGCCACCGUCGGGUGCACACUGGGGAGCGCCCGUUCCCCUGCCCCAUCUGUGGGGAGAAAUUUGCCCAGAAGGUCCACCUCCUUCACCACAACAAGACUCACUCGCAUGCCCGGCCCUAUAAAUGUGCGGACUGCGACAAAUGCUUUGGGGACAGUUCUGCGUUCCUAGCUCAUCAGCGCGGUCAUGCCAUGGAGAAGAACCACAAGUGCCAGUAUUGCUCCAAAAGCUUUGCCUGGAGCUCCCACUUGGAAAGGCAUCAGCGUAUCCACACGGGGGAGAAGCCCUACAAAUGCCCCAAUUGCCCUGAGCACUUUAGCCAUACUUCCCAGCUCUUCAAGCAUCAGCGCAGCCACCUGGGCAAGAGGCCCUACAAGUGCAGUGAGUGUGGGCGCAGCUUCAGCACCACCUUGGAAGUCAUCAUCCAUCAGCGGACCCACUUUGGGACCAAGCCCUUCCGGUGCUCCAGCUGUGGGAAGGGGUUCACCCGCCGAGCCAACCUGCUCAAGCACCAAAGGGAAGUGGGAAUGAAGGGAACGAAGGGAGAAAUCGAUGCAGUUGGGUUGAUUCAUGUUCCAGAUGACCAGCUGGAAGAAUCCAUCUUGCCCUUCACUCUCCGUGGCAUGCUUACCGAAGAGAUGCCCACAGAGGACUGGAAGCCUGGCGUUGGGAAGAGUUCGGAAUCACUGUAA